UUUGUGUCCAGGUGCUGAUCGAGAUUACAGAAGUAUCGUCUGUCAUUACGUGGGACUUUGAUGUGUGUAAAGGAGACGUGAUCUUCAACAUCUAUCACUCCAGAAGAGCUCCUCAGCCAAUUAAAAGAGAUGGUCUGAGCGCACACAACCUCGCCUGUCCCGCCGGAAACAACGUCCAGCUGAUCGACAGAUCCUGGAUGCUGGGACAAGACUACAGCAUGGUGGAGACGGCCCUGAGCUGCCGAGAGGGAGAGAGCGUACAGGGAUCUCAUGUGACGCGCUGGCCUGGGUUCUACAUCCUGCAGUGGCGUCUUUACAGCAGCCCAUCAUGCACUUCUUCCAGUCGGCCGCGUGUAGAUGAUGUUCUGGCCUCUCUGCAGGUCUCCUCACACAAAUGCAGAGUCAUGUAUUUCACAGAGGUGCUGCGCUCCACUGACUUCAGGUCAGUAUCAUUACACCACAAAGUGCUUAGCAUUAAAACACCAUUAACUGAAAAAGCACACAUUCUCAAAAUAUGA